UUUUUCACUUUGAAUUAAACCUAUCUAAUAUAUUAAAAUGUAUUCAAUACUCUUCAGUAUUUACCCUUCUGGUGUGCUCUUCAACCAGAUUCACUCCCCCUAAAAACUAAUUUCUAGUCACGCCACUGAUUGAUCUUAGUUAUUUGCACGGGGACUAAAGAAAUUACACAUAGAUUUUCAGUAUUAGCGCCACAUCUACAGUGUAAUCUGACCUGCCAAUGGAGACUGCUUUAAAAACCUGAAAAUCAAGUUGGAUGAAAUCCUAUCUGUGUGUGCCACAGUGUGCUGGCGCCGCCCAAGCUGUCAAUAAGACCAAGGUCUACAAGUAACUGGUAGGUGUGUGAGGAGGAGAUGGUAGUGAGGUAAACAUCGUCCGGACACUAUCUUCAUUGUAAAAUGGCAGAAGAAUGUCCAGCUUGGUUGGAUGCGACUUUCCUGGCCUCAGCUCUGCAAGGUGAAGAUGGAAGUCACGUGACUAUCGACAAGUUCUCGGUCAGCCCGGCGGUAGCAGCAGGCAACAACUACAUGAGUCAUCUCUUCAGAGUCAGCGUCGAGUACUCUGUCGCAGGAUCGGACAUCCAGGUCAACUCGUUCAUCGUUAAAGUGCCAAUAUCGAAAGGGGUCAUCACCAAGCACUUGGAUAAAGCUGAUUUUUACGCCAAGGAGCCAAGAAUAUAUAAGGAACUCUUGCCGAAAUUCAGUAAAAUAAUCAAUUACGAAUUUGGACCGAGGUUGUUUCGUUGCCCUUUAAAAAACGGAAUGGUCUUGAAAGACUUGCUGGAGGAAGGGUACGUCCUGUGUGACAAAUUCAAACAGUUGGAUUUUGCUCAUUGUAAGAUUGUUUACACGACAUUGGCAAAGUUCCACGCGGCUUCUGUGGCGUGCAAUCAUGACGAUCCCGAACUGACGAAACAACUCGGGAUAAAUAUGAGAUACACGAGUAGAAACGUGAUGUAUCUACCUUUCACGAAGUCUGCUCUUAAGUAUUUCAAAAAUGCUCUCGGCGAGAUGGAAGGAUGUGAACUUGCUACGGAGUUGGUAUUGAGUAGAGCGGAUCUUGUAGCAGAGUCAAUAACGGAUUUCUGCAAACCCAAGGCUAACGGCUUGAAUGUACUAAACCACGGGGACGUGUGGAUCAACAACUUAUUAUUCAAGAAAUUGAACUCUGGAGAAGUGGUGGAUGUCAAAUUUAUCGAUUUUCAGGUAUCUAGGUGGGGCUCACCGGUGCAAGAUCUCCUCUUCUUUUUGUGGACCAGUGCAAAUGAGGAAGUGAGAGAGUACAGACAGAAGGAACUGUUCACUCUCUACCGGCAUACUCUCAACUCCAGCCUAGAGCAGCUGGGCUGUCUAGAGCGUCUGUCCGAGCAAGAGAUGGAGGACGAUCUUCGCGCAGCUGUCGACUUCGUGCUUCUCACCAUCAGUGGGACUCUUCCGUUUGUCAGGAGUGGGAGUGAUGGCGCAGUCACCAUCGGAGACUUGUCAGCAGAGCAGAUCAAAAGCUUUGACGUGUUGAAACACUUAUACAGCAAUAAAAGGUUCAGAGAAGUCCUUCCGAAAAUUGUGCAACAGUUUCAAAAAUGGAUCGUCUCCUUAGUCCUCUAGAACUAUGGCUAUAUCUAUGGUGUAUCAUAUGAGUUACAUAGCUUUGAUUGUAUUAGGAAGACAAAAGAUCUAAUGCAAUACUAUGAAUUGAUCCAUGGAAAAGGUGCUCGGACUGCCAUCUGUGGAGUGAAAGGCUUAAGUAGUUCAGAUGGUAAAUGUUUUAACAGUAAGUUACGUUGCGCAGCUCUAGCGUUGUGCCUCAGAACUAACUGAAAUGAUCGCCCGGACCUCAGCGCACAUUGUCCGUAUAAAUGGUUUAUUUCCUGUGUAAACAGUAAAGUUCACCCAAAUUACUGAAUUCUUCAAAACCGCCAUCAUAUUAAUUGAAGAUUUUGUGAAAUGUAUUAUGCAACUACACAUUUUUGUGUAUGGUUUUAUUGGUCGUUGGAAAUAAACUGCAAUUUUAUGUUUGCAAUUUCUACGAAUUCAUAUAUACCGACCGUCCUAAUAAACUAAGCAAUCUAAUAUCAUAACUAAUCUGUAAUAUAAUGUCUAUAUUAUGAAAUAAUUGUAAGUUACCUUUAGAUUCUCAUGAGUUCGAUACUUAGGUUCUAUAAAAACUCUUCAAACCCUGGCCGAUUUAGAUUUUAAUAACAAUGUGAAGCAGGUGUGAUUAGUUAACUUUGAAACCUCCUCACAGUGUUACAUAUAAGUUCGAUAAUCAGGUUCUAUAAAGAUUUUUCAAGUCUAUUCAGGUUUAGAUUUUAAAAGAAGAAUGUGAAAGCAGAUAUUAUUAGUUAACUUUGAAACCUCUCUCAUAGUGUGUAUAUACACAUAGUAUUAUAUAUAUAUAUAUAUAUAUAUAUAUAUAUAUAUAUAUAUAUAUGAUACAUAGUAUUGUAUAUAAAUAGUAUGAUAUAUACAAUAUUAUGUAGAUAUUGUAUAUGUAUAUACAAUACAUUACAGGUUAUUUGAACUAAUAUCAUUAUAGCCGAGAUGUAUUUAAUAUUUUUAGAUAUUAUAAUAUCUGAAAAUGCUCUAAAUCUAUAGAUUAGAGCUCUCUUGUAGACCCUUUGCUCCAUUCCCACCAUUAUGUCAAUGGUCUCAUGGAAUAUUAACCUAAUUGCCAAUUUAGAAACUUUAAAUCAACAACAAUAAAUGUCUAAAACACACAAUAUUCUAAAAAAGACUAAUUUUCUCAAUAAUUUGUUAUCUGUUUUUUUUUUUUUUUUAAUAUUUUAAUAUUAUUCAACUUUAUGAACUAGUUUUAGAUAAGUAGUAUAAUUUUAAAUAGCACAUAAACUUCUCUGUUAAGAUACUCCUCUUUAUAUAUUGAUCUGUUUUUAACAAAUGGAAGUAUUAAUAUUUACAUUUUAAUAUGUAUAAAACGUUCUCCUUUUAUGCAAAACAUACAAGCAAACAAACGCACACACACACACACACACACACACACACACACACACACACACACACACACACACACACACACACACACACACACACACACACACACACACACACACACACACACACACACACACACACACACACACACACACAAGAGGAACUAUAAAGUCUCCUUUUUCCAUAGUUGUAUGAAUUGAAUAGAAUAAUUUUAGAAUACAGAACAAAUAUAAGAGCAAGACUAAAAAAGGUCAUACUACUUAAGACUUUUUUAACCUUAUAUUGUAUAAUAGCCUAAGAUCUAUAUAUAUAUAUAUAAUUGGAAAUGAUACAUUUUAUGUCCUUUUUGUAUACGAGUAUUAACAAAACAAAAGUGGAUGUUGUAUUUGUUUUUGUUUAGAAAAGUACAAAUUAACAACUAGUUCUCUAUUUAUAAUGUAUUUUUAUCUGAAAUUCUGUAUUAUAUUUGUAAAUAAAAAGUAAUUAAAUGUGUGA